AUGGCUCUCACAAGCAUUUGGAAUAAUACUGGGAUUCUUGGCAGGGUGAGCGGGAUUUCACUCCAUCAUUUGUUAUUUCGACAUGGUGAAUGGGAUACAAAGUCUUCGAAUAUUGUACUCAGCUACUUAUGCGCCACGCUCAUCGGAGCGGUGUAUCUACUUCACUCACCGAUUACCCGCAAUGGCUUAGUGCUCAUCUCCGCGUUUGGCUUUUUCUUAUUGAUUGGAUACCAUUUCCUGGGCAUCCUUGGAAGUAUCCUUGUUUACAGAGGUCUUUUUCAUCGUCUAUCCAGAUUCCCGGGCCCAUUGGGUGCACGUUUGUCCACAUUGUAUCUUACAAUCCAGACAUGUAAGCGCAUGAAAAUCCACCAGGAUGUCCAUCGACUUCACCAGCAGUAUGGGGACUACGUGAGAGUCGGUCCCAUGGAAGUUUCCAUCAUUGACCCUGCGGCAUUGAACCCUUUGUAUGGUAAUUCUUCAGAAACAGCUAAAGGGCCCUGGUACAUAUUGAUGGAGCCCCUGGAAGGCCUUGUCUUCACUCGGGAUAAGAAAGAACAUGCUCUCCGCCGGAAGAUUGUGGACCAAAGUCUUAGCAGCAAAGCUCUCGUGACAUACGAGCCAGUAAUAGCCAAAUGCACCGAGCAGCUGUUGCAGAUAAUCGAGGACCGAUCAGGAAAUCCAAUUAACAUAACCGAGUGGCUAAAACGGUACAGUUUCGAAAUCAUGGGUCAUCUUAUUUUCGGUAGACCAUUCAAUACAAUUUCCGAGGAAGGGGAAGAUACCUUUCUACUGGAUUCUAUUCAUUCCGAGCACGAAUAUGAUGGGAUAUUUGAGACAUAUGCCUUGGAUACCAGCCCUCUUGAUCAAAACACCCCUUUUUCGAAAAAAGAAUACGCGUGCUCACGGAAAAGGCCAAAGACAAGGCUAGAUACCUACAAGCUACAUGGACUAGGGUAUUCUAUCUUACUUGCAGGAAGCGAUACGACAUUCUCCGUGGCUACAAACGUUUUCUUUAACCUAGCGCGCGAUCGCGCACUUACACACAAGUUGCAACAAGCAUUAGACGAUGUUCUCGACAUGAGCGAGCAUAAUCUGCGGAAAUUAGACCUUCUUAACGCCGUGAUUUAUGAGACGCUUCGCUUAUAUGCGCCCGCUGCCGCGGCGUCUCAACGCAUUACCCCCCAGGAAGGCAUCCACAUAGGAGAAAACUAUAUUCCCGGCAACGUUCUCGUCCAGAUCCCUAUAUACUCGAUCCAUCGAGAUAAACGCUCAUUUGAGCGGCCUGAAGAAUUCCUCCCCGAGCGUUGGACCACAAAACCCGAGCUAGUAAAGAACCGAUCGCUUUUCAUUCCUUUCCAGACUGGGCCGCAUGCGUGCCCUGGAAGACAACUUGCCAUGAUGGAAUCAAGGCGCGUCACUGCGGAGGUUCUUAGGGGAUAUGAUGUAUCAUUUGCACCAGGACAGACAGAGCGAGACUUUUUCAAGCGCUCACUAGACUUGAUGAUUUUAAUUCCUGCAUCAUUGCAUUUGCAGUUUACUUUGCGCGGCGUAUGA